AAUCGGCAUAGAUGGCUCACGUGGGGCAAAACGCGCGCUUCUUAAAAACGAGGAUCCCGUCUAAGGAAACUUUACCAUCGAGUGAAAAGGAAAACGUGGCAACCGGUAAAAAGAAACCAUCGAUCUCGCGCGACACGCGUCUCGCUUUAGCCUCGAACGAAGAACGAAGAAAGGGAACAGCUUUGAAAAACGAAGAUAGUCGAGUGAGCCGCGAGCUUGAACGAAACGCGCGUGCGAAAAGAACACCGUUUCGUGUGCAUUUCGACGAGAAAAAUGUCGCUUCGAAGUCGAGUGUCGCUUCGAAGUCGAGUGUCGCUUCGAAGUCGAGUGGCGCUUCGAGGCCGAAUUUCACUCCGAAGCCGAAUUUCGCUCCGAGGUUGAGUUUCACUCCGAGGGUAAAUCCCAAUUCGAAACGAAUAUUGCGUCGCUUGAAAAUCGAGUCGAAAGUCGCGCCAUCCUACGGAAAAAAUGAUUCUAAACGGGUAAACGAGACAACGAGCCCUCCUGUUCGUCAAAUUGAAUCAAAAAAGAUUGAAAUUUCGAACAAAUUGUUUGGAAAAAUACAGUCGGUAGAGGAGUCACGAAUAGACAAACAGCUUCCGCCGUCUAAAAUACCUCGUCGCAGAUCUCGUUCCGUUCAGCCGGUGCGAACCGUCACGCAUAGCACGUCGCAACGUUCAUCUUCGGCCGAUUGGCGCGAGAAAAGUUUUGGAUUCGGCUCGGUUAAUAAAUGCGCGACUCUAAAUAAACCAGCAUCGAGGCCAAUAGCAAAAGUAACUGUAGCUCUAAGGUCGAGAAACAAGAUCAGCGACAAUAGAAAACAAAUUUCCACCAAUUCACCGAAGAUCGCUCGAGAAAAGGAAACGUCGCUGAUUAUAAAAACAACGACGCCUGCCGACGGAUCAUUGCUACCGCCACCGCCAAAGACUCCUAUCAAGGUGGUGAUUCGACGGAGCAAGUAUACCACAAGCGCAUCUAACAAGGGCGAGCUACUGGAACGUCGAAACGAUUUCAAAGAAGAGAUCGAUCCUUUUCCCGCUGAAUUACUGUAUCAUGCAGAAUAUCACGAUGAACUGCCGAUGAUCGAGAGCGAAAGGGAGCAAAAAGCACCACAAUUGUCGCGUAAUUUCUUAACGAGGCACAUCAACGCGGAGCAGAGGAGGCUGGUCGUCAUUUUUAUAAUACGUCUAGGAAUACACUGCCGAUAUCCGUCGCGCAUUGUGUAUCAAUCAGUGAAGCUGUUCGACGCCGUUAUGGACAAGCUUUCCAUGGAUACGACGUUGAUCCAAAUGUACGCGUUGGCCAGUUUGUGGAUCGUGCUCAAGAGGCAAGAGAAAUUUCACAAGAUUCCGUCGGCUCCGAAGAUGGUGUCCCUCGCCAAUGAUCUUUACAUAGGAAGAGAGGACUUGUUGAUCGAUUGCGAGAGGAAGAUCUUGAGAAUUCUUGAUUUUAACAUCACGUUCGCCGACACGUUUAGCCUUUUUACGCAUCAUUUCAUCAGCUGCGAGCGUUACCUCGACGUAUCCGAGGAAACUGGAUUCUUUCUAUACAAUUGCGGCUGCUACAUGAUCGAUAUCACGCUUCUGGACGAGCAAUUUUGUAAAGUAUCCGCAAGAUUGAUCAGCGUAACGGUAUUAGAGUUGGUGCUCGGUAUCGGUUUGGACGUCGCAAGAGACAAUACUAUACCCCGAUGGUUGUUCUGGAGAGGUUUACUCUCCGCCGCUCUUAAUUCGCCUCAAAGGUUAGAAGACAAGGAGAUCGAUUCACUUCGUGUUGUAAUAUUGCGGCGCGUGUUAGAUUCGGAAAUUCAGCAGGACAGUUUCAAUGUGGUAUACAGAAAAUACACUCGCAGCAGAUACGGUCGGAUAUCGGAACCUUUCCUGCAGCAGGUUGCCAGGAUACCUGCCGCAGAAACUAUUUUUGAUCCGUAGAAUUGAUUUUUAUUGUUCUACAUAAAACGAUUAUCGCCGAUUUUUGGGAGAAAAGAGGAGGAAAGCUCAUUACCCUGAACAGUAUGUUCGAUCGGUCGGACCAAGAGCCGAACAUGUGCAGAAGAUCGGGCCGCUUCGAGUACAGGCCACUGGCAGCUAAUAUACCAUGAGUGAGCUCUUCCAAAGCGUUCGGAGUUUUAGCAGCCGAGCUGACGAUCAGCCUUGGUGGCUCCAGUCCUAAGUUGCAUGUCUGCCAUUCGCUAAUAGCAGCGCGUUCACCAUUCGGGCAAAGUAACUCUAUCUUUGAGGAAUCGGCGUCGCUCAAAGCUGGCGAUGGCAGGAAUGCCACGUCUCCCUUGCCUUCUAACAAGCAACUAAGUGUGACAGAAAAAAGAAGAAAAAAUGAAAAACGGGAAUUAUAAAUUGUAAAUCAAAGCGACGUAUUCGCCACGGUAGUAAAUAUUUCACGAUGUAAAUAUUAAAUUCGCAAUGAAAUUUUAUGCGCCACGUUGUAUGUAUUUUUGUUGAUAACGGCGUGAAAAUUUGUACAUUUCUAGCAUUUUUA